AUGGUGGCAGAUGCCCAUCACGUGGUGGUGUCAAUUGGAAGACUGGUCAUUUUCGGAGUCUGCUACAUUGAGAACGGCUAUGUCCCGAUUGCGCCCUUCUUGGUGUCGAAGACGGAGGUUGGUCUCUUGCUUUCAGCGCAGGCCUUUGCAGGCUGUGCUGCGCUGAUCCCCGCGGGCUUGGCCAUAGAUCGUUUGGGACCAAAGCCUGUGCUACUGUGGGCAGCGCAGGUGGCUUUGUUGGGCCUGGUGCUGGGUGCUCUCUCUGCCACCUUCCCGGCUCAGCUGUUGGCGCGUCUAGUGCUGGGUGCCGCCUUGGCGGCGAACUUCAAUGCGUCCAUGGCUCUCAUUAUGGAGCACUAUCAGGAGCCUCAACGCUCAGCAUUUCUGGGUUCAGCCUUGGGCCUAGGUAUGUUGGGUAAUGUGGUGGGCCCGCCUUUGGUGGGCAUCAUCUUUGACUUAGCUCAGACGCAUGGUGUGCCCAUGCCCUACUUUUGGGCCUUGGUGCAUCCCAUUCUGCUGUUGCUGAUGAUUCUCUGGCUCCUACGCUUUGUUCCAGAACAGGUGGUUGAGUCUGAGCCGCUGCUGAAACCGGACCCCGAGUCCCCGUCAUCCCCGUCUCAGCGGGGCCUGGUGCGCAAGGCCUUUGCAGUGUACCUGGCUGCGGGGGCGCCUGCGGUGAUGUUGGCUACGGAACUGGUUUGCACCUUCGGUUGUGCCAGCGCCUUUCUGACUGCUGGGGCUACAGAGCUGCACCGAGAGGGCUUCUCCAGCAGCGUUAUUGGUCUUGCCUCGGUGCCUGCGGCCAUCGGUCAGUCCUUAGCCUCGCAGCUGGCGGGGCGCUGCAGCGGCCAGGCGCAGCAACGCGCCACCGUGCUGGUGGGAACUCCAUUGGUCUACACCACGACUGUUUUUCUGGUCGUGUUUCUCUGCUCCGCGGCGAAGCUGCAAUGGUCUGAGACACCACCGAUGAUCAUCGUGCUGAUGCUGGUCAUGGGUAGUGUGGCCAACGGAAUGGUGGACGCGCCCUCCAUGUCACUGAUGGCUCAGCUGGCAAGUCGCCAGCAGCUGGGCUACGGCCAGGCGGUGACCUCCAGCGAAAUGGCCGUCACCUUGGGGCUGGCCGUGGGGCCCAUGGUGGCCACCGUGGUAAUGCACCAUGGCAGCUACGGACUGCUAUGCCUCCUUGCCAGCGCGGUCCCCGAAGUUCCAGAUGCCAAGCGCCGCUGCUUUGGGCGCGAGAACUGUGAACCGAACAGGCGAAAGGACCUUUCGGCCGAACAGAAGGCGACGGUGGAGCGAAACCGGCAGCUGGCUUUAGCUCGCCGCUGCGAAAGACAAACACCUACAAUCUCACCGGGCGAGCUGGCACAAACGGCGCAGGCGGCGCAAGCGGAGCAGAUCCGCCGGAACCGGGAGGCCGCCUUGCAACGGAAACGCCAGCGCGAGGCUGCCGUGAAGAUGGAACAGGAUGUGCCGAGUGGCAGUCUUGGAGUUGAAAAGAAGGAUGAGGACCUGCGGCCCCAAAGUGUCGCCGUAGAGGACGUCUGUGAAAGGAAAGCCGUUGAAACUCCGCCUGUGCACGGAAAGGAUAAGGAUGAUGAGGACAACUUGCCAAAGAGCGCUGAAGCGAAUCACAAUGAGGAUUCGGAGGACAUUGCGCCAAUGGCGGAAGAAGGGCAAGUGAAGCCGGAGGAGGAAGAGGAGGAAGACCAGGAUGACAGUGAUGAGGAGUUUUCAGACCUUGAAGAUGAAUUCAGUUCAGGCAGCUCACAGUCAUCGUCCUACAGUGUGUCGAGCAGCGACUCUGAGUCGGUGUCCACUGGCACCAGCCAAGGAGAAGUGGGUGAAGCUUUGCAGGAUGUGGAGGAGCUUGAGGUCGAAGAAGGAGAGGAAGAAAAGGAAGAAAAGGAGGAGAAAGAGGAAGAGGAGGAGGAGGCGGAACCGGUCGAUUGGACUUUGCGGCGUCUUGCAAGGCCGCGCAGAGAGCCGUCAUGCUGUACCCAGCGCUGGGCACCUGUUGAGCUACAAGCGCUGUCUUCAGGUGAAACGAUUGCGCCAAAGCCGCGCGAACUUCGAAGUGCCAAGCAGUCCCUGGUGGCGAAACUCCUCUGUCGCUGGUGGUAUGUCCUUCCGGACUGGCCGCCCCCUGACUUCGACUAUGUGGCUGCCCUGGCAGAGCGAGGCUACCGGGAGGUACCCGUGAGUGACUUUGAGACUGCCGAAGAGAUGGACGGCAACUUGAGGAAGGCUUUUGCCUUACCAAAUGGCUACAAGGGCCUCUACCGCGACGAGCAAGGAGCAGUCAUUGACGUUCGGCCCGUGGAGGGCCGGCCCUCCUACGAUCAGCUGAUGUGUAGGAGCAAUGCGGAGUUGCACAAACUGCUGCUGUUGGCAUAUGGUCGUCAGCUGGAGGUGCUCGAGUCAGAAGGCAAUGGUGGAGAGGCAGAGAAAGCCUUGCAGCAACAGCUGCGCACGGAGCUGAGCCAGGCGAAGAACAGCCUCUUCAAGUUUGGCUCCAAGGCGGGCUGA